UAGGAAAUAAUUGCGCUCGGGAAAUGCCUCGAACCAUUCUCAGAAUCGUUUUUGUUCGAAGAAAGAGCGUUCCAAUUUAUAUCAGCGGGCUGCCAUCAUCAAUCAUGUACGACGAUCGUAUACUUUCUAUGAGAUUUCCUCAAAAACUUUGGAAGAUCGUUAACGCUUGUAAAAGUGGUGCAAUUCAAUGGAACACCGAUGGCUCAUCAAUUCUAUUGGAUUACAAACAAUUUCAAGAAGAAUACCUUGACGGAGAGACGUCCAUUUUCAAAACGAGAAACAUCACGAGCUUUAUCAGACAAUUGAAUUUGUACGGUUUUCGUAAGGUGACAUCACAUAAUCGCGAUCCAUUAUGCAGUUGCUAUAAUCCAAACGUUCACGAGUUCAUGCAUGAAAACUUUCAAGCCGGUCGUGUUGAACUUCUAUCACGAGUUUGCCGAAAAUCUAUUGGAAAGAACAAAUAUUUCCAAAAUUUCGAACCCCCAAGAUGCAAAGAUUUGGCAACUCCUAUUUCGCAUUUACGUAUGUGCCAGCUCGCCUUGACCAAAACUUUGGAACAAUUAAGUCGCGAACGUCGGGAAAAGUCUUUAAACGAAUCGACUAGAAGCGAAUCCUCCUCUUCUGUAUCUUCGGAACAAGAAUUGCCAGAGUAUUCUCCAUUCUUUACAGAGAAACCUUUUUCCAUUCCACAAAGUGAUCGUUCUCAGGAAUACCUAAUAAGAAAUGGAAUGGACUUUUACUCAAAAAGAAACUGCAGCUCGAUUAACAACAACGUUUCGCAACCUUGGUUUAUUCCUAGUACACAAAAUUUUGCUUUUUACAUGCCUUUAAAUAAUAAUAAGUAAACUUGAUUGAGUAUUAGAUCUCA